GAUCCUCGACCGAUACAGAGGAAUGGCAAGAGGUGAAGGACAUCUCACUGGAGGCAACAGGAGCUUUGUGAAGCCAGCGGGACAUAACGUGUGGAGAGAUGACCAAAACAUAGCAAUUGAGUCUGCAGAUGCAGAGGAUGCAGGUCCUGAAGGAUUGACUCUGGUCAAGCAGGAGAGGACUGAAGGAGAGGACCCACAACACAGCAGAGACAUUCAGACUGGAGCAGCGGCUGGAGUGGCGCCACCUGUAGCCACAGAGGACCUUGCGACUGCUGCCGUGACCCAACGCAGAAUCACGGAGGUCAGUGGAAUGCCGAACGCCGUCCUCAAGUCAGAGACAGACAACGAGACUUUAACUGUAACACAAAGGAUCUUACACACAGGAUCUGACCACAGAUCAGACCCAGAGAGACUGGGGCAGGGGCCACUGGGCUGUCCUGCUCCUGGCUCAGAGUAUUUACUUUACGGUAACCCAAGCCCGAGGACGGUUCAUUCCCAUCUGGACUUGGGUAAUGCCUCAGAGACUGUCAAUGAUCCGUCUUGUUCUUACAAUACAAAGUUGGGCCCUGUCAACAUGCCCUUGGGUUUAGAGACACAGACUGAUCUGUCUAGAGCGGAAUGGAACCGGUACAGUAGUAGUAUAUACUCUGAAGGGAGCCAAGAUAAGAAAGGGGAGGCUAUAGUGGUAGAUGAGGUGAAAGUGGAGGGUGACGCUCCUCCCACAUGGAGUGCAGAUAGUCUCCUGGGAGACGGACACUCACAGGGCAGAGUUUUCUUAGAUUACAGGGGAAGCUUAGAGACAAAUCGAAAUGGUGCCACCCACUCCCCUUUACACGCAUUCAGGGAUCGCGACCCAGUGUCCACGUCGACGACACCUUCCGAUUCACAAGGCUGCGUUCUUUUCGAUCAGGUAUUGAACUUAAAUGACCAAAGGGCCAAGGCUCGGGGAGGGGGAGCAACAUCAGGCAAUAGUAAAGAGAAACGGUUCCUCUGCAUGUUCUGUAAUAAAGGCUUCAGCUGCCCCCAGAAGGUGGAGAUCCACCAGAGAGUCCACACAGGUGUGAAACCCUUCAGCUGUACCCAGUGUCACAUGAGCUUCGCCCAGGCUGGUGACCUGAAGAGGCACCAGAGGGUCCACACAGGGGAGAAACCCUUCAGCUGCCCCCAGUGUGAGAAGAGGUUCUCCCAGGCUGGUGACCUGAAGAGGCACCAGAGGGUCCACACAGGGGAGAAACCCUACAGUUGUACCCAGUGUCACAUGCGCUUCGCCCUGGCUGGCAACCUGAAGAUGCACCUGAAGGUCCACACGGGAGAGAGGCCAUUCGCCUGUAGGCAUUGCGGGAAGAGGUUCUCAGAGAGGAGCUACCUCAGGAUACACCAGCAGAAAAACCAUUCCACUCUGUAAAAUAGAAAAUGUUUUAACUUGAUAGCUUCUGACAUUUAGAUCAAAUGCUGCAUUAACCCCCCAGCGUGAGUUUUUUGGUUAUGCGCGUGAUAUCAGAAUGCAUUCACUAGCUAGGUUUCCAUCCCAAUUGGCAACAGAUUUUCAAUGGAAUAUUCUCAAAUCGGCAUAAAAACAAUGUGCACAUUUUCCCACCAGAAAUGUUUCCAUCAAAUCAGUGCGUGAUGACGUAGUGCACCCAAAAUGUACUUUUUCGAUUCAAGUUUUCAUGUACCAAAUAAAAAUAUAAAAGUUCAAUGUGUUUCCAUCGCAUUUAACUCUACUGAUAGUUUUGUAAAAACAGCAAAUGUGUCUAAUUUGGUCUUGGCACCUGCGCUCUAGCCAACAGCUCGCAGAUACAAUACGGGUAGGCUGUGGCUUGUCUAGUCUACAUGAUGAGAUUAUUAUGGAUAACAACGAAUAUAUUUAAAAGGCAGUCAAUUAUCGAUCAUCAUGUCGCAGCAUCAAACUCAUCACCAUGCACUUUCACAACAUAUUUCCUCUGAAGCCAAAUAAACUGCAUGGUUUCUCAAGUCACAGUGGGAGGACCACACACCAUAUCAUCGCGUGACUCCAAAUUGACUUAGAUAUGCUGGUUAUUAUAUAAUUAUUUGCACAUUAAGGCAUUUUCACCGGCAUUUCCUGUGUUAUUCAUUUUACCGAAACAAAGAUCCCUCCAUGUCGAAGGAACAAAUGAUCUGUUGGCAUUUUUUUUUUUUAUUACACUGAAACUUCCGUCUUUCCAUAACAGCUGUCGGGAUUUUUCUUUAAACAAAAAAAACGACACAUUUUUGGAUGGAAACUAAAUUAAUUGGUGUUCUAAGUAAUUGGUGUUCCAAAAUGUGAUUGUUAUGCAGGACAGUCAACCUGUCUAGGACACAGGUUCCGCUAACGGAAAAAACGUUACGAAAAAAGCAUACCAU